GUAUUUCUUGGUGGAUUUUUAUGCACCAACAGCAACUGUUGAAAGCAUGAUGGAACACUUGUCUCGAGACAUUGAUGUGAUUAGACCAAAUAUUGUAAAACACCCUCUGGCCCAGGAAGUGAAAGAUUUUUUAUGUGUGUUUUAUUCCUUUCUCUCCCACAGAACACGAUUUAAUGCUUUCCGAGAAGUAAAACCAGUGGAACUUCCUAACUGUAAUUUAGUUAAAGGAAUAGAAAAUGGCUCUGAAGACUUAGAGAUACUGCCUAAUGGACUGGCUUUCAUUAGCUCUGGAUUAAAAUAUCCUGGAAUAAAGAGCUUUGCACCUGAUAAGCCUGGAAAAAUAUUUCUGAUGGAUCUGAACGAAGAAGAUCCAACAGUGUUGGAAUUGGGGAUCACUGGAAGUGAAUUUGAUUUAUCUUCAUUUAACCCUCAUGGGAUUAGCACAUUCAUAGAUGAAGAUAAUGCUGUGUACCUGCUGGUGGUGAGCCAUCCAGAUUUCAAGUCCACAGUGGAGUUGUUUAAAUUUCAAGAAGAGGAAAAAUCACUUCUGCAUCUGAAAACCAUCAAACACAAACUUCUGCCUAAUUUGAAUGAUAUUGUUGCUAUUGGACCUGAACACUUUUAUGCUACAAAUGAUCACUAUUUUGUUGACCCCUACCUACGAUUCUGGGAGACAUAUUUGGGUUUAGCAUGGUCAUAUGUCGUUUACUACAGUCCAAAUGAAGUUCGAGUGGUGGCAGAAGGAUUUGAUUUUGCUAAUGGAAUCAGCAUGUCACCCGAUGGCAAGUAUGUCUAUAUAGCUGAAUUGCUGGCUCAUAAGAUCCAUGUGUAUGAAAAGCAUGCUAAUUGGACUUUAACUCCAUUGAAGUCCCUCGACGUUGACACACUUGUGGAUAACAUAUCCGUGGAUCCAGUGACAGGGGACCUUUGGGUUGGAUGCCAUCCCAAUGGCGUGAAAAUCUUCUCCUAUGACCCGGAGAAUCCUCCCGCAUCAGAGGUGCUUCGAAUCCAGAACAUUCUAACAGAAGAACCCAAAGUAACAGUGGUUUAUGCAGAAAAUGGCACAGUGUUGCAAGGCAGUACAGUUGCCUCUGUUUACAAAGGGCAACUGCUGAUUGGCACCGUGUUCCAUAAAGCUCUUUACUGUAGGCUCUAACAGGCUGAUUCGCACCCAUGCCAUGGAUACUGUGAGUCCCUCAUUUCAACUGCUUGCCACAGUCUAAGGGGACUCAGUUAUCUCAGCUAAACAAUGAAUGUUGACCCUAAAUUUGGAUAUCAUGAAGCAUGAAGGUGCAGUUUAACUGGGAGCAGAUAUGAUGUGUAAGGCUUUUUUAGAUGAUAUCCAAUCGAUCUUGCAAUACUUAAAACCCUUAUAUACUAAUAAAAGUCUUUUGCAUUACAAUGGCUAAAUUUAUGUCAUUUGUCAGGUCCUAAUCAUUUAACUGUAUAAUGCCGAAAGUACUUCCCCGACAUGUGUUCCCUGAAAGCACAGGAGUAUAUUGCCGCCUUGUUGUGUCUUGUUGGGAAAACAGGAGAGCAGGACAAGCUCAUGUGUGGUCAGAACUCGCUCAGGAACUCCUGCCCCCCUGCUGGCAAACUGGAUGCACACUAAAGUCACCUCUCAACUCCAGGCAC